AUGCAGACCCCUGAAGGCGCCUCAAGUGACUACAACUAUAUUUCUCCAAUCGGAUAUGCAAAGUCUUCGAGAUGUGGCUACUGCGGCACCCGUAGUCAGAGCUUCUCGUACUAUGCAAAGGCGACGUCACUGAGUCCCAGCUUCUAUCAAACUCUUCUUGAUCGAUGUUGGCGUCGAUCGGGCAAGCUGCUAUAUCGCCCAGAUCAGAGGCGGUCAUGCUGCCCGCAUUAUACGAUUAGGCUUGACAGCGGCCGUUUCAGAGCCAAAAGAGACCAGCGUCAUGCAGUCAAUCGCUUCAACAAAUUCGUUCUCGGAAACUCGUACUUGGAGGCAGCUGCCCGUCUACACCCAAAAUCGCGAGAGGAUACCAGGAAGCGUGACAAUCACUUCUCCCUAGUCGACACAAUUCAUGAAGCAGAGUAUGACAGGGUGAAAUUCCCCCCCAAUCCAGAGCAUAAGUUCCACGUGACUCUUGAAGAAGACGAGUUCACGGAAGAGAAGUAUCACGUGUAUGAUAACUAUCAAAGAGUGGUUCACAAGGACCCCCCCCAGGAUAGGAGCCCGCAAGCCUUUAAGCGCUUCCUUUGCAGCUCACCUCUGAGACGCGAGACUAUGGUGACGGCAGAUGGACGCCAAAGGAAGCUAGGAUCGUACCACCAGUGCUACAGGCUGGAUGGAGUCCUAGUUGCCAUUGGCGUUUUAGACCUUCUCCCCGACUGUGUCAGUUCGGUCUACUUUCUUUACCAUGAAAGUAUCCACAAACAUGCCCCGGGUAAGCUUGGGGCGUUGCGUGAGAUUGCCUUGGCCUCUGAAGCAGGGUAUCGCUGGUGGUAUCCCGGGUUUUACAUUCACGACUGUCCCAAAAUGAGGUACAAGAUGGACUACUCUCCGCAGGAAAUACAGGACCCUGACAGCCUGGACUGGGGACCUCUAGAUUCAAGCGUACUCGAUUACUUGGACCGACACCCCUUUCUGAACCUGUCCCUGUUGAGGGAAACUCGUCUACCCAACACACCCGGCAGAGACGUCAACAAUGACGAAAUGGGAGACUCGAAAAAACCAAGAGGAAGCAGCACGAACGAUGAGCAGACUGUCGGCGACUGUCGCGAACUGACUGUGAAUGAUGGCGAAGGUUGCGACGACGGAGACGAUGAGGACGUGCGCUCGCUUUUCGAAUCUGGUAUGCCCGGGAUGAAAUCUCUAUCGGAGAUGAUGCAGGUUGACCUGGAUCACAUAGCAGUCAAAGCCUUGGCUACAGGACCUCUUUAUGAGACAUCCGAUCUAGUGGUCUGGGACUCCCAAACCAUGACAGAGUGGCCUGGCAUCAAAGCAUCCGUGGCAGAGCUGGUAUCGAUCAUUGGCCCAGAUUUGAUGGACUCGAUUUGCUUAGACAUGACGCGUUGA